AUGUUUAUUCCACACAAAGCUUGGCAUCAUCGACAUGUAUGUGUAGAAUCCGCGCGGAGCUUUUACAAAGCUGCUACUUCACGCAUACCCAUAACAGAACCUGUUUACUACUCGAAUCAGAAGCUGAAUGAGCUCUGGAAAUCAGGUCGAAUCAAUGAAGCACAACACCUGUUCGAUGAAAUGCCUGAGAAAGAUGAGUUUACUUGGAAUACCAUGAUUGCUGGUUACGGAAAUUCAGGGAAAGUAAAUGAGGCACAAAAGUUAUUCCAUGAUACUCCAAAUAAGAGUUCCGUUACAUGGUCUUCACUAAUUUCCGGUUAUUGUAAUUUGGGAUACGAAUAUGAAUCAUUGAGUCUGUUUUCCCAAAUGCAGUGUUUAGGGUAUAAACCGAGUCAGUUUACAUUAGGGAGUGUUCUUCGAAUGUGUUCGAUAUACCGAUUGUUAUCAAGAGGAGAGCAGGUUCACGGACAGAUGUCUAAAGCUAAAUAUUUGUUCAAAUCGAUGACUUAUGGAAAGAAUCAUGUCACAUGGACUGCAAUGAUCACUGGAUUUUCGCGAAACCAAGAUCAAAUAGGAGCUAUUGAGUGUUUUCGUGAUAUGAGAGCUGAAGGAGUUGAACCAAACCAAUAUACUUUUCCUAGUGUUUUAACCGCUUGUGGUGAUAGCUUGGCUUUUAAAUUCGGUUUACAGGUCCAUGGUUGCAUUGUGAAGGGUGGUUUUAGUGGUAAUGUGUUUGUAGAAAGUGCGUUAGUAAACAUGUAUGCAAAAUGUGGGAGUUUUGAUAAUGCUAGAAUCGCAUUAGAUUCAAUGGAGGUUGAUGAUGUUGUUUCUUUGAACGCCAUGAUUUCGGGCUGUGUAAGGCAAGGUUUUAAACAAGAUGCGCUUUUUUUAUUCAAGAAAAUGCACACCAAGAACAUGAAAAUCGAUGAUUUCACUUACCCAUCUGUGCUAAACUGUUUUGCCUCCUUACUCGACCCCAAUACUUCAAAUUCUUCAAAAUCCAUACAUUGUUUGGCUAUGAAAACGGGAUUUGAAGGAUACAUUCUCAUAGGCAAUGCUCUUGUUGACAUGUAUGCCAAACAAGGUGAGUUACAAUGUGCACACAACGUGUUUGAUAAAAUGCCUGAAAGGGAUGUGGUCUCAUGGACUUCAUUGAUGACUGGCUAUGCUUGCAAUAAUACCCAUGAAGAAUCUCUAAAAUUAUUCUGUGAAAUGAGAAUUUCCGGGAUCAAACCGGAUCAAGUUGUAAUAGCCAACAUCUUGAGUUCAUGUGCAGAAUUAACUGUUCUUGAUUUCGGACGACAAGUUCAAGCCGAUUUCAUCAAAUCAGGUUUUCAUUCAUCUUUAUCAGUCGAUAACUCUCUUGUUUCAUUCUACACAGACUGUGGUUCCAUAGAAGAAGCCAACAAAGUCUUCAAUUCAAUGAAUACAAAAAAUGUGAUAACAUGGACUGCGAUAAUCAAGGGGUAUGCUAAAAACGGUAAAUCAACCGAAUCUUUAAAGUUCUACAAUGAAAUGAUAAAGAAUGGAAUAAAACCAGAUUUCAUAACUUUCAUUGAGAUACUAUUCGCAUGUAGUCACGCCGGAUUCGUGGAUCAAGCCCGGGAAUACUUUGACUCGAUGAUGAAAAUUUACCAAAUUACCCCUGGCCCGGAUCACUAUGCGUGUAUGAUCGAUCUACUAAGUCGAUCCGGGAAGAUAGAUGAGGCUGAAAAGCUUUUAAAUGAAAUGGUAAUCGAACCCGAUGCAACGGUUUUAAAAGCAUUGCUUUCGGGGUGUAGGGUCCACGGAAAAGUCGAGCUUGCGGAAAAGACGGCGAAUACCCUUUUUGAAUUGGCACCUCAUGAUGCUGUCCCGUACAUUGUGCUUUCUAAUUUGUACUCUUCAAUGGGUAAAUGGGAAGAAUCCGCAAGGAUUCGGAGGUUAAUGAAAGCUAGAGGGGUAAAUAAGGAACCGGGGAAAAGUUGGAUGGAAAUUAAUAGUAAAGUUUAUACAUUUAUGUCGGAAGAUAGAAGGCAUGAAAAGUGGGAUGCUAUUUAUGGAAAGAUUGAUGAGGUUAUGAUGGCGAUUAAAGAAGCGGGUUAUGUUGCGGAUAUGAAUUUUGCAUUGCAUAAUAUUGAUGAAGAAGGUAAAGAGUUGGGUCUUGCUUAUCAUAGUGAGAAGUUGGCUGUGGCUUUUGGGCUUUUGGAGUUGCCACAUGAAAGGGAGAUAAGGAUUUUUAAGAAUUUGCGGGUAUGUGGUGAUUGUCAUACUGCCAUGAAGUUCAUAUCGAGUGUUUAUGGGCGGGUUAUAAUUUUGAGGGAUUCGAAUCGGUUUCAUCAUUUUAAAGAUGGAGUUUGUUCCUGUGGAGAUUAUUGGUAA